CACAAUCCACCCGAUGCAUGGUUUUUCCGACCAUGGUGUUAUAUUGCCCAUGGCUCCCGGAUUUUAUUGCUAUGGUAUAAUUUAAUUAAAGAUAGGUGUAUGAACCUUUCUUAUACGAGGCUUAAUUGGGGAAUCUUCUAAAUUAUGCAUAAGGUUGAUCUGACUCCAGUUGUUUUUCACGAUGUACAGCAGCUUCUCCGUUGUUCUUCGACCGUCUUGUACAUAUUGUUUGAUUGGAACAUUCUCUUGUUGAUUUACUCAAGUUAAACUUGAUUCCGGUGCAAAAAGACAAUAAUGGAAGCAAGAGUUUUGAGUUCUGGAAUUUCAGUUCGAACAAAACCUUCCCCAAAGUGCCAAAUAUGGAAACAGAAACGACUGUUUUACGAUGAAGAAGAGUUUAAUUCAUUUUCAGGCUUUCGUUCUUCAUCCAAAUUUUCUCACAAUUUUCGUGCUAAAACUUCUCAUGUAUACCGACAGUUUACAUCCCCCGGUGCUAUAUUGUUGUCCAUCAUGGUGAUCUUGCUGAAAACGUCACCGACAACCGCUCAAGUGACGCGUCCCUUCCCGGAAGUCCACAACCUAGCGGAGAACCGUCCCGUGGUCAGUAACCCCUCGGACAGCGCCUGUGGGGUCCCCACCAGGAACGCCUACUGUGAAAGCAGCAUUUAUCCCAUCUCGGUCCAGCAGUGCACGCAGUUGUUUUGUGUUCAGAUUUGUCCAAACAGGACUUCCCUCCCUGACCAACUGGAUCUGUUGAUAGCCACUAGCCCAGGACUAGGGACUUGUGUGGUGACAGAUGCUGUGAAUGUCCACCCUAACAGCCGCCUGGGGGAGUUCUCCACGUUCUUUGUACAGACUGGUCAGCUUUGUUAUGUGACGCCCUCCAGUUUGUUGCGCGUUGGGGCAGAUGGAGGUUUCACUGUAAGCUUUUGGGUGUGGCAAGAGGAGUCCAACAAUGGGACAAUCUUCCAGAAAGUCGCAGACAAUGAAGAGCUGGUUCUGGAAAUUAUCCUGGCUAAUUCCCAGCUGACCCUGGUCUACAGGGGUCAAACACCUGUUGCCUCAGUUACCUGUAGCGAAAAAAUACCUCAGAAAUCAUGGACCCACUUGGCUAUACAAGUGUAUAAGACCAGUUUGAGUUUUUACAUUAAUGGAGUUCGGCCUGGCUUUUUACCUGUAGAGACCUUUGUCCUUGGCAGCCAGGUCAAGGACAGUGCUCAAGGUCAAAGUAGAAUUGGACAAAGUAUCACAGGAGCAAACCAGUUUCUUGGACGACUUCAAGAUUUCAAGUUUUUUGCUGAGACAUUGACUAAUAGGGAGAUUCAAGAACUGUACAGUGGUACCUUGCCGGGGGUCAGAGUUCAGACUGAGUGUCGUUGUCAAGCCUCCCACCCCCGCAUCAAACCUCAGCUGGAGCACUACUGUAUUGCUAAUGGGGUCGACGACGCUGACAAUGACGCAGUACUCAGACUCAACUCAGAGGCUCACAAUCUCGAGUUUGUCAAUGACGGGGACAGCAACACGUACUGGAUCUCUCAAUUUCAGAAUAACAUCGAACUCACGAUUGAUCUGCAGGAUGAUUUUCAGGUGUUUUUCCUGAAUCUUCAAUUCUACAGUCCUCUUCCCCGGGCUGUCCUGAUUUCUCGUGAGAUUGACGGGAGCUGGGAGGCAUGGCAGAUGUACGCUACAGACUGUCAGAGUUACUAUGGACAGACGGACAAUGGCCCACUCCCCCAACCGGACUCUGUCAACUGUCUGCGGUUCAAAAGAGAUGCUGAUAAUACCCAUUACUCAAAGGGAAAUAUCACAUUCAGUCUGCUGGCUGCUGAACCAGUAUUGAGGCCUGGGAUGGAAGACUUUUAUGGAACACCAAAGCUGAAGGAGUUUGUGAGAGCCUCGAAAGUUCGCAUCAGAAUGCAGGACCACCAACUGGUGACCAGCCUCAGACAUGAGUACUUUGGAGUCUACGAGUUCAUUGUCAACGGAAGGUGUAACUGUCAUGGCCACGCCUACACAUGUGACAGUCACACCAGGCCCUAUACAUGUAACUGUCUCCCAGAGAGUUUCACCCAAGGAAAGAAGUGUGAAGAGUGCCAGCCCCUGUACAACAAUAAGCCUUACCUUGACGGUGACCUGGUCAACUCCUAUAACUGUAAGCCAUGUGAAUGUCACAACCACUCCAGCAGCUGUGUCUACAAUGCCAGCCUUGACCUAUUUCCCGAUGACCAUGACCUUGGGGGUGGGGGAGUGUGUGAGAACUGCCAGGACUUUACUGCUGGUCAGUUCUGUGAGACCUGCAUUCCCUUGUAUUUCAGACCAAUAGGAAAGAGUAAAUAUGAACCUGAUGUCUGUGUCCCAUGCCAAUGUAGUGAGGCUGGGGUCAAAGGUGAUGACCUUGAUUGUGUCAAGGAUGGAGGUCAAUGUCAGUGCAAGGCCAACACAGGUGGGCGACAGUGUAACAUUUGCCGGUCCGGCUUUUACAAUCUUCUGGGAUCCAACCCCAAUGGAUGUGAGAACUGUUCCUGUGUCACUGAGGGCACAGUCAAUGGAGAUGUGUCGUGUGAUUCCAAAACAGGCACCUGUAACUGCAAACAGAACACUAGAGGAGCCAAAUGUGCAGACUGUAUGCAUGGUUACUUCAACCUAACAUCAGACAACCCCCUAGGGUGUUCUCCUUGUGAGUGUAACCCCCAGGGGUCGACCUCCCAGUUUUGUGACCCUGUGUCCGGUCAGUGUCAAUGCAAGGACCGGGUCACAGGUCGCCGGUGUGAUGAGUGUAUUGAUAGCUUCCAGAACUUUGACCAAGGCUGUGUAAAGUGCAACUGCAGCUCUCUGGGGACAAUUCAAGGGACAGUGUGCGACAAGACAACAGGACAGUGUGUGUGUAAGGAAAACGUACAAGGGCUGGCCUGUGAUGAAUGCAAGGAAGGCAGUUUUGGGUUCGGAAUGUCUGCCUCAUUGGGAUGUCAGUCAUGUAUAUGUGAAUUGGCAGGGACAGUCAAUAGUUCAGCAGUGUGUGACAGAAAGACUGGAAAGUGCUUGUGUAAGAAGAAUGUGGUAGGGACCAGUUGUAACCAGUGCAGUGGGAAUACGUUUGGACUGAGUAUAAACAACACCGACGGCUGCGAGCCUUGUAACUGUGAUCCCUCAGGAACCAAGGGAGGUAAUGUCAGUCAUCCAGAUGAUUUAUCAUGUGACCAGAAUACUGGAGACUGCUCCUGUCUGGCCAACAGAGUGGGGCGACGAUGUGACAACUGUGCACAAGGAUAUUUCACUCGACUGGAGCCGGGUGGGGGUUGUCAGAGUUGUGGAUGUAACUUCUAUGGCUCCCUGCCCGAGACAUUGUCGCUGUGUGAUACGCUGACCGGCCAGUGUCAGUGCAAGAAGGGCAACUCAGGGAUCACCGGUCUAAACUGUGACGAGUGCCAGGAGGGAUUCUUCAAUUUCAAUAAGCAAGAUAAAGGGUGUACUGCCUGUGAUUGUGAGAUGGCCGGGAGCAUGAACCUGACCUGUGACCCCCUCACAGGAAGCUGUUUUUGUAAACUAUUUGUCGAAGGUCGGAGGUGUGAUCUGUGUAUCCUGGGAGCCAGCUAUCUCAGCAGCAAAAACCCCUAUGGAUGCAGUAAAGAACCAGAUCAACAGCCACCACCCGAGCACCGCCAGAACAGCUCCACUGAAUUGUGGCUGAAGUGGAAGGAACCAGACUACCCUAAUGGUGUCAUCAAAGAAUACAGACUGUUCAGAAACGGAACCCUCAUUUUCACUGACAACUCUUCAAACAUGACAUAUCAAGACUCAGGGCUGUCACCAUACACAAGAUACACCUACAUUGUGGAGGCCAACAAUGACUUUGGAUCUACCCAUAGUUCUCCUGUGACCUUCAUGACCUUACCAGGACCACCAACGGGAAUUGUCUAUGUGACUGUUAGCGAUAUCCAGUCGACAUCAGCCAGGUUUGCCUGGAUCUUUCCUGCAAAAUUAAAUGGACCUCUUGCGAACUUCAGUCUGGUGACUCUGAAACCUAGUCAACCCACGGUGCGGCAACAACACUGGACGGGGAUUGAUAAUAAGACAAAAAUCACAGACCUCGUUCCAUUCACGAACUACACGGUGUAUGUGGUGACUUGUAGUGAAGGAGGGUGCCUGGACAGCUGGCCCCUCAUCUUCAGCACUAAGUCUGCUCUCCCCACAGGAAUGGCACCACCCACAGUUACCACUGUGUCUUCCUCAAAAUUAAAUGUCACAUGGAAACCACCUGCUCAGAGCAAUGGAAUUAUUAUACUCUAUGAGCUGUGGAUAAGAGGUGCACUAAAGAAAGAUGGAACUAGAAAUCCAACACAGAUGAGAAUCUUCCACCCAAGCGGGCAGUAUAAUCCUCGCCCCACUUUGUCCCCACAGGAAACUGCCUUACCCCCACCAGAUACAGAAUUUCUAGUGCAGGGUCUGGAACCUUACACAGUGUAUGAGUUUCAGGUUCUGGCGGAGAAUGACAUCGGAAAGACGGCCAGCCCCUGGGUGUCAGAGAGAACGGGAGAAGCCCCGCCCCUCUCCACCCCCAGCCCUGUAGUCUAUCCUGUCAGUCACUCCCAGCUGGAGCUACAGUGGAGCCCUCCUACUGAUGACCAGGCGCGGGGGAUCAUCACCACUUACAGGGUCUAUUUCUACGCCAAGAAUGACCUUAACACAAACCCAUAUGCCCCUCCAUACCUGUGGAAAUUGGUCAGUGUCUCUGGUGGAGCAUCGCGUACACACAUGAUAGGCGAUCUAGAACCGUACCAAAACUACACAUUCAAACUGGGAGUUUGUAACUCCGAGGGGUGUGUCAACUCUUCACAGACAUACGGAACAACUCAGGAAGAUGUCCCAGCUGGCUUGUAUAAGCCCAAGUUCUUCAGUGCGAACUCCAGCAUGAUUCGUUUGACCUGGGAGGAGCCAGCCAGCCUCAAUGGACCAGCUCCCCUGUACUCAGUGGAGAAGACGGUCCCCUCCCUCAAUUACCCACCCUUGGUGGUGCAGGGCACCAGAUUCCCAGGGGGAGGGUACUACCUUUUCCCACCGGAUAUCAUUCCCCCCAAUGUAGCCUAUACUGGGAUUCGGUUGAAGUUUAAGACAGGGCAGAGAAAUGGUCUGCUGUUGUUUGCUGCAUCAGCUGGGCGACAAGAGGAGUUUCUGGUUCUACAGUUCAAGUCGGGCAGACCAUGGUUUCUAUUUGAUCCUCAGGAUUGUCCCAGCAUUGUGGAGGUUGAUUCAUUUGCUGAUAAUGACCGCUCUUAUACUGAUGAUCAGUGGCAUAGUCUGAUUGUGUUACGAGAUAAUGAGUUGGCAAGAAUUGAGGUAGACCAGUUCAAAGAUUGUGUUUCCACGGUAACGCCCACGAAUGAUGAGGGUCUUCUGUACAGCGACCACCGCUGGCAUGAGUUGGUUGCCACGCGUGACGAACGAACAGCCUACAUCUCUAUUGAUUCUCUCUGGAAAGGGACAAAAACUAGCCACUGUACGACGGGGGGUGGUCAUCAAGGGACAGUUAUUGGACCCAGUACAGGGGUCUAUGUCGGGGGUCUCCCUCACGACUACGUCAUUCGCCGUGAAAAUGCAAGUACUGACCCCCGCAUGACAGUGACCAGACAGUCAUUUCAAGGUUGUAUCAAGGACAUCCAGAUACUGCAGCAAAUGUAUCCUAAGGAGGUGUGGAAGACACUGGACUGGGACAAGGCUCAGGCCAAUGAGCUGACCUUUCUGAACUGGGAGGGGUGUCCUACCAAUCUAGAGUCUGGCAUUCAUUUUAUGGGACAAGGUUACCUUUCUAUAUCAAGUUCAGUAUGGGAACUGAAUGAUAAAACAAAACUAGAAUUCAACUUUAGAACAGACCUUGCCUCUGGAAUGCUUUUCUUUGGUUUCGGAGGAGAGGGAAUCUACUACUACGUAGGACUUAUUCACAACAGCUUGUAUUUUGAAUUCUCCAAUGGAAUUGCCACAGGCAGUGUGACCUUCCAGCGACCUGACCUUCUGCUUUGUGACGGGAACUGGUACAGGGUCGUUCUAAAAAAGGAAGGUCAAAUGGCUUCCAUUGAGGUUGUGGGUCAUGGUACAGAGACUUCUGGGAAUUCCUCACAUUUUUUGAGGGUGUCUACAUCUGGAGAACAGUAUAUGGGAGGAGUUCCUGAAAUGUCAGAUGCCAGAAAGUUUAUAACAAGGCACAACCUCAAUCUCCCUGUAGAUGGUUUUGGAGGAUGUAUUUCAAAAAUAGACAUCACUAUGCAUCAAUACCCUUACUACCGCAAUUUCCGACUGAACGUGAUUGAGCAUCUUGGGAAGUUGGAGAAUGUUAACAUGGAUGGAUGUACCCCCUUUAAUCUGCCAGAUGACAACUGUAAACACGAUAUUGUGGGAAAUGUUUAUAAUGGCACUGAGAGAGAGUUUGAGGACACGGAUUUACAGCCUUACUCCGACUACUUGUAUAGAGUGCUGGCCAGUAAUGAUGCAGGAACAGGACUCAGCCCUUGGGUAUAUGGCAAAACUAAAGAAGGAGCCCCAAUAGGAGUGAGGCCCCCAUACAGUGUAACAGUCCUGAGUGGGUUUGAGAUCUCCGCCUCUUGGUAUCCACCCAAGUCCUCCGCCGGCCUUCUCUCUCGUUACAUACUGAGGGCUUACAACAUGGACAGGCUGGAGUUGCCUCCCAUAGAAACCGUCUUAACAGAUACCUCCAUCUACAAUGGUAAAAUAACCACAGCAAUCCCCUAUACCAACUACACUGUGAAAGUGGCCAUCUGUACCGGGGGAGGGUGCAGUGAGAGUUCCGAGGGAGUGGCUGUCACUACUUUUGAAGAAGCACCAGGCAAUGUGUUUCCUCCAACAGCAGAAGCAGGCACCUCUCACUUGUUAGUGAAGUGGAAGGCUCCAGGCAUGCCUAAUGGCAUUGUGACGGGUUACUUCCUGUAUAAAGACGGAGUGAAAGUGUACACUGGAGGUGGCUAUUCCUUCAACAUCACAGGACUUCAAGUAUACACAGGGUACCAGAUAAUAGUGCGGGCCUGUACCCGUGUGGGCUGUACCGAUGGACCACCAACCACCCUCAGCACGGCCCAGCUCCCCCCCACAUUUAUGGAAGCCCCCACACUUGUUGUCCUUGGAAACACUCGCAGUGAGGCCCGCUGGUCAGAGCCCGCCCAGUUGAACGGUGUUUUACAGCGGUACUUGCUGUAUGUCUCUGUAAACGUCUCCAGCAUUGGGGAGCUGGUUUAUAACAACUCGGACUUCUUCACCGAUUAUGUCAUACCGGACCUCGAAGCAGGGACCCAGUAUUUCAUCAGGGUGGGGGCAUGUACACUAGGAGGGUGUACAUUGAGUAAACCAACCAAUAUUACCACUGAGGAGAGUGCCCCAGAGAUGGUCCCUGACCCCCAGAUCUCCUCCCCCUCCCCCCACUCCCUCAUUAUCACCUGGGAUGUACCUGGAUUGCCUAAUGGACAUAUAAUAUCAUAUCAUCUGUACCACAAUGAAGUGAAGAUAUACAGUGGAUUGACUAGAUCCUAUACCAUAGAGAAACUGGCCCCUUACAGCCUACAAACUCUCAGGGUGUCGGCCUGUACUGUGAGGGGGUGUGGCUCCAGUGGGAUGGUGAAGGGCCGGACAAUGGAAGCCCCACCCACUGGGUAUAUUGUGAUGAAUGCAGAGGUUGUCGAUGCCAGGACAGUCAAAGUUUACUGGAAUGCACCUGAGGAAGCCAAUGGGGUCAUAUUUUAUGAUAUCGAUGCAGAAGGAGAAUUCUAUGCCGAUAGAGAUUCUGACAACUACACCUUGGUCCAGGGGAGGAGGACCUUGUUCAAUGGACGCAAUGCCUCAGAGUGGAUUGAGGUAUUCCCCCUGGUUCCUCGGUCACAGUUUGUGAUUCAGGUCAAUGCCUCAAACACUGCUGGCUUUAUUCUCAGUAACAUCCUCACUAUGGACAUGCCUCCAGGGACUCCUGAUGGAGUUAUUGCCCCUGAUCUUGUAUCAGAGACCCCCACCUCCAUGAAAGUGAUGUGGAAGCCGGUAGGACGAUCCAACUCUGUCGAAGAGCCUCAGUACACUGUCCAAUUCAGAGACCUCCUACUGAAUGGAACCACCAUUUAUGACAUUUUUGGACCAACAACUACUUUCAUUCACACAAAACAGAAUUUAGUGCCCUAUUCGCAGUAUGAAUUUAGAAUUGUUGCCAAAAACACGCAUGGAGAAACCAAGUCAAGCUGGAGCAAACAGACUACAAGGCAGGACAAGCCAAGGGGUAUAGACCCACCAUUGAUUCCAUCUAUUGGAGCCCGCUAUGUGGAUAUAGUGUGGGUGCCUCCACUAGUACCUAAUGGCGUAGUGAUGGAGUACAGGGUGUAUCAAAAUAACCUCCUCACUGCUGUGUUGAAUGGCCAGACAACCAACAGAAGGAUGGACUCCCUCAGCCCGUUUUCCUCCUACAUGUUUCACGUGGAGGCCUGUACGUUAGGAGGAUGUCGAAAGAGUGCCAGUUCAUCCACCAUCAGGACACUAGAAGACGUUCCUGAAAAUAUGUCCGCCCCAGCACUUCAAUCCCUGACCCCAACCUCCAUACUAGUAGACUGGUCCAUGCCUGAGAAAUCGAACGGUUUGAUUGCUUACUACCAGAUAGAGCGCCGUAUCAAUGGCACAUCAAACAUCACCAUGGUUACAAAGGUUCUUCCUGAGGCCAAGCAGCAGUAUGUGGAUGAUAUGUCGGAGUUGUCCCCCUUUACUGUGUACGACUACAGAGUUAUAGUUGUAAAUGGAGCAGGAAGUUUAGGUUCACAUUGGAGCACCGUCAUCACCAAAUCCUCAAAGCCUACAGGAGUGAUGACCCCUGUUGUAACUAUCAACAGCCCAACCUCUUUAACUGUGACCUGGACUAAACCCGUGAGGGCCAAUGGAGUCCUGGAGUAUUACGUAAUUCGCCUGAAUCAGGAGCAGAUAGAGAUCCGUGAUGUCAGUCUCUUCAAUGUGACCGUGAACACAUUGCUGCCCUAUACCAACUACUCGGUGUCUCUCACUGUGUGCUCAGAUGGAGGGUGUACAGAAAGUGCUCAUGUUCCUGUCCAGACUUGGGCAACUGUCCCUGAGGGUAUGGACCCUCCCAUCCCCACCCCCAUAUCUCAAAACCUAAUCACCGUCACUUGGGAUAACCCGAGGAGAGCUAACGGCCAAAACAUUCAGUUUGAGCUUAUGAGAAAGAUGCUUAGACAACCUCUAGAAGACACAGUUAUAAACCCUUCAUGGCUGAGCAUUUACUCAGGGACCUCCCAUUAUUUUGAGGACAGGGGUCUGUCAUUGUUCACCACUUAUCUUUACAAAAUAACAGUGUACAACAGUGUAGGUCAGCUGACUAGUUCAGACUCGGUGGAAGCCACGACCUACGGGGGAUUCCCUCGCCAGGCGGCGGUCAUCAAUGUUGUACCUAUUGACCAUGUCACUCUGCAGGUUUCAUGGGAAACACCAGAUGUGGUAGAACUCCAGGGCUAUGUGACUGAGUUCACCCUUGAAGCUUUCAGUGACAGUCACAAUGUGACAGAGACAUAUGACCCCUGGACGACCAGUGUCCUGGUCAAGAAUCUCCGCCCCAGCACCCUAUACACGGUGUACCUGACCAUCACAAUCCAUGGGGGACAGUUCAUCACCAGUAACCCAAUGUCUGCUCAGACUCUGGACGGAGCUCCUAUUGGAAUGCCCUCACCUAGGGUGUAUGUAAUCAGUGACACAAUCUUAAAGGUCUCGUGGUCUGCCCCAGAGACCCCGAAUGGCGACAUCACAGGGUACUAUAUCUUCCUCAAUGACAGAAGAUUCAGUACCAAUCUAGAUGAAGCUGGCUCCUACAUACUGACUGGGCUUCUUCCUUAUACAAUAUACAGAGUACAGAUGGAGGUCUGUACAGCUUAUGACUGCACCACAAGUCCAGAGAUCCGGGUCACCACCAGGGAAUCCCCUCCACAGGGUGUGGCACCACCUCAGGUGGUUCCUCUGUCCCCAACAGUGGUCAACAUCUCAUGGAUAGAGCCCACAAAACCUAAUGGAAUCAUCCUAAGAUAUGACCUUUUCAGGAAGACCAUAGUUCCCUGUUCGUCAAUUCCCCCCAGUACAGUGUACCCAGAACUCACGAAGUGUUCAUACCUGGAGUGUAGUGUACACCAGAAAAUCUGUGGGUCUGUCUGUUACAGUGGCCCAAAGGUAUGCUGUGAUGGAGUAAUACACAGCAGUCGGCCUGAUUUUGAGUGUUGUGGAAGGUUCUAUGUGUACAAACCUUCCCCUGAUGCUGUGUGCUGUGGGGGACAGUUCUACUCACCUGUCAGUAACAACACCUGUUGUGGAAAAAGGUAUAUCAAGGUGCUGCCGCGCCACACUUGCUGUGAGGAUGAGAGAGAGGAUCGGGUCAGUGUGGGACUGGGUGAUUCCUGCUGUGGGGACGUUCCAUACCUCAAUAAUAGCACCCAAAUGUGCUGUGAUGGUGAACUACAAGCUUCUUUGAAUCAAACUUGUUGUGGGGGACAAGUCUAUGAGGGUCAUGUGAUCUGUUGUGGUGAUCAUGUGACAGGAAGUGCCUAUGAGGUUCAGCCAGGGAUGAUGUGCUGUGGACAGAACUAUGUGAUGGAAGACAGAAGUUUGUGUUGUACUAGUGACACUGGACACCAACAGGUUUUUGUGUACAACAGUGUUCAAGAGAAGACUUCAGCUAACGAAGAAUGCUGUGGAUUGAACAAGAUCUCUAAAGGACUGGGCUGUUGCAACUAUCAAGGAUUCAACCCCUACACUCAUGUAUGUGCUGAUCAUUCAAGCAUGGAAGAUGGUUGUGGUGUUGGGAAGACUUGCAGGAUCUCGGAGUCUAACAGUUCAUUUUGUGAUCGGUGUGACUUUGAUAGAAAUUCUCUGAUUUGUGGUUCCUGGAGAGGUAGUUAUGUGACCACAGAACCUACAACAGUGCCAUCUGGUGACUGUGUUCUAAGUGAAGAUGUUGUAUUUAGUGGACUCAAUGACACCUUCAUAGAUGUGAACCUUGAGCCCUAUUCACUGUAUGAGUACAGUAUAGAGGUAGUGAACAGUGCUGGUGAAUCCCGCAGUAAGUAUGUCAACAUCAGGACCCUGACAGCUGUACCCAUGGGAGUUAACCCUCCCAUACCCACCAUAGACCCCUCCCAGGUCUACAUCAUCUAUCUCACCUGGAGCAUUCCCCAGAGACCCAAUGGGGAGAUAACUGAGUUCAUCCUCCAUCGGAAUGGCCUGGAGCUGUACAGAGGGUUGGAGUAUGAGUACACAGAUGACAGGACAGUGCUCCCCUACCAGUCCUAUGUCUACACACUGAGGGCCUGUAACAGUGCUGGCUGCACACAGAGCCAAGGAGUUACUGUGGCAACAGCUGAGGGUGUUCCUGGGAAGUUAGACCCUCCACUCAUCCUUCUGGUGAGGGCGACAAGUGUAGAGGUGUCAUGGAUGCCUCCCACCAAACCUAAUGGCAUCAUCACCCAUUAUGUCCUCCAUAUGUCUGAUGGAAAGAAGAAUAAAACCAAGGGACUGUCACUAACAGUCAGAGGAUUAAACCCAUACUCCAACUACAGUGUAUAUGUUGAAGUGUGUACUCAAGUUGGCUGUUCUAGGAGCGAGGUAGUGCAGUUUCAAACUAAGGAUGCUGCCCCCGAAGGUAUAUUUACUCCCAGAAUAGUGGCUCUUACACCAACCACAGCUCUGAUCUUCUGGAAUCCUCCAGAACAAAUGAAUGGUCUCCUUAAGUUCUAUUCAUUGAUGAGAAUUUCUUCAAGAGGAGCCAAGAAUGUCUACUUUGGUAAAGAAUUGACCACAACUGACUCUGAGCUAGUACCUGGCAGCAAAUACACUUACUAUGUGAUUGUUGGUACCAGUGCCGAUAACACCAGCAGUGCCGUCAAAUCGGUAUCCAUGCCGACCCACAUACCCGAUAAUAUCCCAGUCCUGAAGAAUGUCACGGUACAGAGUAGUUCCCAGAUAUACAUGGAGUGGGACCCCAUUGUCACCUCAACAGGAACCAUUGACCAGUAUGGGGUCAUACUAAAUGCUGGAAAACCAACAGAGAUAGAAAAGAGGGUGGGAAUGAACUUUUCUACCAUAGUGUCAGGACUGAAGCCUCAUUUUACAUAUGACGUUCGACUGAUCGCUUGCUUGGCGGGUGAACCUAAUGCCUGUGGUAUUGGAAUGGGUACUGAAGUGAUGACCAAGGAAGCUCCACCUUCUGAUAUGUUGCCACCCAUUUUGACCGCAAAAGGUCCCAAAAUUGUGGAUAUUGACUGGGGACCACCUCUGUUUCCUAAUGGUAUUCUACUUCAAUAUCUGAUUUAUUACAGAGAGGAAGGUUCUUCUAUAGAAUUCUUGAUAAACAGAGUGGAAAGUGAUGUUGUCCAUAUCCGACAUGCAGGGAAUGACCUGAAGCCCUUCACUCAGUAUCAGUACAGGGUGGUGGCUGGAAACAAAGAAGGGGAUGUGUCUAGUGGAUGGGCCCUGGUUCGAACCCUGGAAGCACUACCUGCAGGUGUUAAACGACCAAACAUCAGUGCCACAAGUGCCUUUGGUUUUAUAAUGAACUGGGAUCCUCCUUUAAGUCCUAAUGGAGUUAUCAAGGAGUACAGAAUUGUAUACAAAGAGAUCAAAAUGAGUCCAGGAAAUCAUACUGAGGAAUUUUUGUCUGUUUCUCCAAGCAUCUUCACAACACUUCUCAGUGGACUGAAACCCUACUCAAAUUACGAAGUCUAUUUACAAGUGAUCAACAGCAUUGGCAACACUUCUUCAGACACAGUCAUAGUACAGACGGACCAGUCCUCUCCUGUUGGUAUGCCUGUAAUUAAAGCUGAGAAAAUAUCAUCAGGAACCGCCUUGAUUUUACGCUGGGAUCCACCAGCCCAACCAAACGGGAUUAUUUCUUUGUACAGGUUGUAUGAACUUGGUUCCUCAGUAGCUCUCUACCAGGGAAUCAGUCGUGAAUUUGAGAUGAGGAGACUUCAACCAUUUACAAUGUACACAGUUCAGCUUGAAGCUUGCACAAGUGCAGGUUGUACAAAAGCUGGGUUUCAGAACUUCCAGACUGCCGAGGCUCCACCAACAAAUCAACCAACACCCAUACCAACAGAAGUGAAUGCUACAUUAGCAGUGAUUUCUUGGGCAAGACCUCUUCAACCAAAUGGAGCCAUCCUAAUGUAUGAAGUUCUGAGGAGGGAGCAGACAAGACUGGUGAAAAGAGAACUUUCAGAUCCUGUGGUUGUGUAUUCUACAAAUGACACUCUAGGAUCUACAUUUAGUUACACAGACACAGGUCUUCGUCCAUACACAGAGUAUCAGUACAGUGUUAGGGCUACAAAUGUCAUCAGCUCAGUCCAGAGUCCUUGGCAAACUGUCUUUACAGAACAAGCUCCUCCCGAGGGAGUGGCUGCCCCUGUGGUAGAUUACAUCGCCAAUGUGAUUGACAGUUUAAAGAUAACUUGGAGUCCACCAUCUCAGGCUAAUGGAGUGAUCCAGAGCUACCAGUUACAGAGAAACAACAGUGUUCCCCUCAGUUUUGACACCAAUGACAAGUUUGAGUAUAUAGACAGAAACUUGCUGCCCUAUACGUUUUAUGCGUACACCUUGACAGUUUGUACUGCAGGUGGAUGUACAACAAGCUCCUCCACCAUCAUAAGGACAGUAGAAUCUCCACCUGUUGUUGUGGAGCCACCAAUUCUAGAAGCUGUUAGUUCCAUUGCCAUUAAAGUUUCUUGGGUGCCACUCAGUCAAGAUAGGGGUCAGGUCACUAGGUACCAGCUCUUGAUGGAUGGGACUGAGGUCUACUCAGGACUAAGCACUGAGCACACUCAGAUUGGUCUCAAGCCAUACAAGUUAUAUUCAUUCUCACUGAUUGCCUGUACUCGUGGUGGGUGUACUCGGAGUGGGGAGGUGGAAAGUCGACCAUUGGAUGAUAUUCCUGCUGACUUACAGAAACCCACGUUGAAUGUUCUAAGCUCCCAGUCAAUAGAGGUGAUGUGGAGAGCUCCACUGAAUCCACAUGGCAUCAUCACAUCCUAUGAUGUCAGACGAGAUGGAGCCUUAGUUUACACACAGAGUCUUUCAAUAUCAGGGCAGCUGGUGACCACAUUUACAGAUUAUGGCCUAAGCCCAGGAACAAGUUAUUCAUAUGUCAUUAUAGCCAGAAAUAGGAAAGGGAGUGUUGAAAGCCCACCAGCCAUUGCUACAACCUACUCCUCCUCACCAGCUGGUUUAAGUCCACCUGUCCUAAAACCUUUGUCUUCCACUUCAAUACAAGCAACAUGGGCCCCACCAGCAAAACCAAAUGGACAAAUUCAGAACUACACUCUUCUUUUAGAUGAACAAAUAAUUUACAAAGGAGGGUCAUCUUUGCUUAGUUACACUGUGCCAGGUCUCUCCUACUGGACAGAGUACUCUUUCCGGGUGCAGGCCUGUACCAGCAGGGGUUGUGAGCUUAGUGAGGGGGUCAGUGCUAGGACCCUGGAGGCCACCCCAGAGGAACAACCCUCCCCCUCACUGCUGGCCCUGGCAGAUGACAAGGGUGGACACGCUGGGGUUCUGGUCACAUGGGAUCCUCCACUGAAACCAAAUGGGGUCAUCACACAGUACAAAGUAUACAGAAGGAAAGCUGUGAUAGAGACUAUAGGUAUGUCAUACACUGACAGAAUGUCAGUUUAUAAUGGCACAAAGACGAGGACCAGUGACUAUAAUACAGUACCCUUCACCAGUUAUCAGUACAUGGUAAUGUCAAUCAACAGUGUGGGAGGGACCGAAAGUGAAUGGAUGAGUGUCAGCACAAAGGAGGCUCCGCCCACUGGAUUCAGCGCACCCGUUGUUCUGAGUAAAACCCACCAGAUGAUCACAGUGGAGUUAAGUCCCCCUGCUGUGCCCAAUGGAGUUAUCAUCACAUACAGUGUCCUGGUCAAUGAAACUGUGAGAAGUAGUGGAAACACCCUGACCCAGACUGUGGGUCAGACCUCACCCCUCCUCCCCUUUACCUUGUACUCCCUGAGGGGUCGGGUCUGUACACAAGGAGGGUGCACAGACAGCCCCACGAUCCUGGUCCAAACAGAGGCUGCUAGACCUGUGGGGCAGGGCCCGGUGCAGGUCAGCUUUGCCAACAGUUCCACACUCCAGCUGACCUGGAACUAUCCCAGGGAACCAAAUGGACAGAUCAUCAAGUUUGUUCUGAACCAGAGAGGGGGUUGCCCUUUAACCUGGCAGCCGUUUCUACAGACCUGUGUUGUGGGUGAUGUGGUGCGUGUGUAUGAGGGGCUGGUAUUGGACAGGAUUGUGAGCGGUCUUCAGCCCUACGCCGCCUACGAUUUCCAGGUGGUCUCCUAUAACAGUGCCGGAAGUGUGGAAAACGCUGCUUGGACCAGAGCAGAAACACUGCAAACAAAUCCAGUGUACAUUAGAUAUCCACAAAACUUUAGAAAUGGAUCCCAGAUUUCCAUUGACUGGACAAAUAGUUUUGAGCUGAAUGGCAAACUGCGUGAAUUCAUUCUGGUUGUGAAUGGCCGUGUGGCUUUCCGAGGAGUUGCAUUCAACAGCUUGCUAGAUGAAGAAACUUCAAAAAAGAAGGUCUCCUUCACUGUGACAGCAGUAACAGAGGUGGGACAAGCAGAAACCCCUGCCAUAGAGAUAGACUCAUCAGGUGCCCUGUCCAGUGUCAGUGGGACCCCGGGGACCUCGGAGGAGUUUUAUCAGGAGGUGUGGUUCAUGGUGCUGGUGAUUGUGAUAGGUCUGGUCCUACUGUUCCUCACGGUGGUCCUAUGUCUGAGAUGUAUACAGGCCUCCAGGCCUUACAUCCGGGAGCGGUCACCCCUCGGAAAGAGGCGACAGAGGACCAGGGAGGGCUACUCUGAUGAGGACACCUCAAGUGGCAGUGUAUUUGGAACUGAGAUGUCUCGUCAGUUGUAUGGUAGACGGGGACAUGAUAAUCCCGCCCAUUCCUACGAUUUUGAGUUUACAUCAUCCUCGGCCAGCCCUAACUUUGAUGAUGGCGAUGACUUUGUUAAUGAUGAUGAUUUCUUCUGGAAAAGAACUCUAGACAGUGAGCUGGCGGGAACGGUGGUCAUUUGUUUGGCAAUGGCCUCCUCGAAUGUUGAUUACUACGAGAGACAAAAAGAAUUGCAGGAUAUCAUUCACGAACAAGAAAGAAAAAGAGAGCAAUUGGAUCGUCAACUUCAAUUUUUCUGCAAGAAAGACGACAGACUUCGAAGAAUUAUUAAAAUGCAGGGGACAUCUUGUACCAAACCAAACCAGAUAUCAGCGAAAGCAAAAUUGAGAGCAACUAAGCUUCAGGCUUACUGGAAGAGAAUAUGUGAGGAUGAGAGAAGAAGUCAGCAAAGAAAUCAAAAUAUCUUGCGGGAUUUCUCCCGUAUUGACUCCCACCUAACUGCAGUGUCAAAUAAAACAGAAAGACUUCGAUUACUCAAGAAACAGUAUGAGGACUACAUAGAGAGGAAUUACCCCCAGUGGAAAGAGCGAGUUACAGGAAAACUAGGAGAGGGGUUAAUCCCUCACAAUGUUCCCCAUCAGCAGUUCUCAAGAGAGGUUUAUGAGGAACCAGAAAUGGAGGAAGAACCUGCAGUGUCGCAUCGGUCAUACUACAUGGAGAGGACUGCACCAUCUAUGUCACCCUCAAAGGCUGGGCCAGGAAGAAAGGAAGCAUCUGAUUACGCGAACCUCAAAGAUGUGAACAGGGCAGAAAAAACAGAAGCCAAACGCAUUGAAUCAAUGGAAAGAAGACAAGAGGCUGUUGACAGGCAGAGAGAACAGCAAGGCAGCAGGAAAUCUCAAUCCCCGACACUAUCUCGUACCGCCCCUUCAGGGUCUGGUGUUCCACCUCCCCCACAGUCUACACAACAACCAGAACCCUCCCCACAAAUGUUCCGGUCAUCUCAAAACUCAACUCACCAGGUACCAGUCGCUGAUGUUAGCGUGGAAGAGAUGGAGGAAAUGAUGUCACAGCCCAUACAGAGUGUGACUGUGAAGGGCAUUCAAGGGAGACCACUGGAGCCUAGAGACACUGAGUCCCCUGGAGGGAUUUCUUAUUCAUCUGGUGGCAUGGAUCCAGGACAAGAUGAUGAAAGCGAUUUUGGGUCAGAGGACAAUAUUCCCCUGCAUGAUUUGCACCACCCACCACCCGCCCAGCAGGUGGAACCAGACAACAUAUCAGACCAAAGUUCACCUGAUGAGGAGCCAGCACCACCAAUUAAAGCUUCAGUUCUACCUAAAGGAGAAAGGCGUUCUCCCUCUCCAGAGUUAACAGUGCAUGGAUUGAUCAAAUUGUUAAAGUUUGUCCAGUCAGACUUCCAGCAUGCACUUUCCUUAGAAGGAUAUUACAGAUCUCACCCAGCUUCCCCUACAGACAGGCAAACCAUAAUACAGAGAGCUAACAGUGGAGCUAACCUGUCUGGAUUGGACAGUGAGUUGGUUUCCAUGGUGAUAUUGGAGCAGGUGACCCUGGUUAUAAGAAGCCUGAGGACUCCAUGUCUGCUGCCUGACUCCAUUCUGACAGGGAAUAUUGACACCAUUAGUCAAACUCAAAUCAGGGUGAUGCUACGAGAUGAUGCUCAACCUCUCUGGGACAGCUUGUUUGAACACCUAGUACAGUUGGUCACAUGUAAGGUCAUGACCCCAAAUGAAGUGGCUGCUGUGUUUGUGCCUUGCAUGGUUUCAGACAAAUCACCAUAUCAAGACAAGGCGUUUGAGCUGCUGAUGAAGCUUUUAAAGAGCCAGAUUGAUGCAGGGACCCCGAGGGAAGGGAUGGACAGUUUAACCAGCAGAAAUAUCUCAGGGGCUGAGAUACAUGUAGGGCCUGAUGGUAAAGUAACAGUUCCUCCGCUGAAGUUCCCAGGGAGUUUGAUUGACAGGUCUCAAACCUACAACAGUGAUGAUGAUACUAGUGUCAUCACCCAGAGUGUAACAAGCUCAAAGAUUCCCCUCAAUGCUACUGACGCCUACAAGAACAUGUUGUCUGGUUCUCUCCCCAUCCAACAGCGACCAAUGGCAGACGAGGAAGAAGAUACAGAUGACGAUGUUGAGAAACAGUUUGCGUCUGCACUAUCCCCAAGAGACCAAAUUGCAACAACUAUUCCCACUGGUACAGGUAAAAUGAUGGAACAGGAUGUUUUGUCUGAUGAGAGCUCCACUGUGGCCACUCCUCUCUAUGUUCCUACAGGUGUAACCAGUACUAAACCCACCAAGUCGGGCAUGACUACACCAAGAUCUGCAGGCCUUUCCCAGAGUGGCUCAAAACGACCAGGUCUUCAGUUCCAGUCCGACCUUGACACAGAUACAGAAAUAGACAUUCUCCAGAAGAAAGAGGAGGACCCAGGCAAAGACGAUGAAGACUUUUUUGAGUUUUAUGAAUAAUAUGUUUUAUCCUGUUAUUUCACGAAAUAACAGAAAUUUGUUACUGCUGUUGAGAACAGUUAUCCUAGUCACUAGUAAUCAAACAACUGUACAACAACUGAAAAUUGUCCAGACACAUUCAAUAUUGUCAAUAAGAUUUAUUGUACAAAAUGUUAUGCUAUAGACAGUAAUUACAACCACUAGUAUUUGUUGAACAUAUUGCAUAAACAUGAGAAUCAAUUUUAUGCAUCCAAUUAUACACUAGUUAAAAUACCAGAUGUAAACCUGUUAACCACAAUAAAUUAUUAAUCUAA